GCGCUUAUCACCGACUUCCUGGCAGCAGCUGUAGGAAUCACUUUCUCGAUGCUAAAAAAUGAUUGUAUUGAAGUCGAGACUAGGGCCGGCCUGCUUUUCCUGCUCACAGGCUUCCAGUGUAUCACCGGCAUAUCUGCAGGGGAGAUCUUUGUGAUUGACAGGGAUCGCUUUCUACACGAGCACACCAGUGGGUACUACGGAGUGCUGCCGUACUUCCUUGGGAAGCUGCUGGCAGAGCUGGGACCCAGGCGGUUACUGCCAAUUCUUCUCAUUACUCCUAUAACAUACAGCAUAGCAGGAGUAAUAGCAAGUGUGAAGGGCUUCUUCGCUAUAAUGCUCACCGUCAUGCUGCUGACUUAUUCUGCCAGCUCCCUGUCACUGUCUGUACACACAGGGGAGAAAGCCUCACCUGUGCGAGCACGGCUGGUGACCAUCUACUUUGUGUUCAUGAUG